GGGGGUGAGUGGUUGAGGGGCGUGAUGGGCGAGGCGGCCGUGGCUGCAGGGCCUUGCCCGCUGCGCGAGGAUAGCUUCACGCGCUUCUCGUCGCAGAGCAAUGUGUACGGGCUGGCGGGCGGCGCUGGCGGGCGCGGGGAGCUGCUGGCCGCCACCCUUAAAGGCAAGGUGCUGGGCUUCCGCUACCAAGACCUCCGACAGAAAAUCCGGCCCGUGGCCAAGGAGCUGCAGUUCAACUACAUUCCCGUGGACGCGGAGAUUGUCUCCAUCGACACCUUCAACAAGUCACCCCCAAAGCGGGGCCUGGUGGUGGGGAUCACGUUCAUCAAGGAUUCAGGGGACAAGGGCAGCCCCUUCCUGAACAUUUACUGCGACUAUGAGCCUGGCUCUGAGUACAACCUUGACUCCAUAGCCCAGAGCUGCCUGAACCUGGAGCUUCAGUUCACUCCUUUCCAGCUGUGCCAUGCAGAGGUCCAGGUCGGGAAUCAACUGGAGACAGUGUUUCUCCUGAGUGGGAAUGACCCGGCCAUUCAUCUGUACAAGGAGAACGAGGGGCUGCAUCAGUUUGAAGAACAGCCUGUGGAAAACCUCUUCCCAGAACUCACGAACCUGACCAGUAGCGUCCUCUGGCUUGACGUGCACAACCUCCCUGGCACGUCCCGGCGACUCUCCGCCCUCGGCUGUCAGAGUGGUUAUGUCCGAGUUGCCCACGUGGACCAGCGAAGCCAAGAGGUCCUGCAGACAUGGACGAUCCUACAGGAUGGCCCCAUCUCCCGAGUGAUCGUGUUCAGCCUCUCGGCCCCCGAGGAGACCGUGGACAGGCCACAGCGGGAAGAGUACGGCGUGCUUGUAGCCAGCAUGUUGGAGCCCGCAGUGGUGUAUCGGGACCUGCUGAGCCGGGGCCUCGAGGACCAGCUUCUCCUGCCCGGCAGUGACCAGUUUGACAGCGUCCUCUGUGGCCUGGUCACCGAUGUGGACCUGGAUGGGUGGCCCGAAGUCCUGGUGGCCACCUAUGGGCAGGAGCUGCUCUGUUACAAGUACUUCGGCCCGGAGUCCGGGCUCCCCGAGCCCGAGCGCGGAUUCCGCCUGCUGUGGCGGCGAGGCUUCUCCAGCCCGCUGCUGGCCAUGGCACACGUGGACCUGACUGGGGAUGGGCUGCAGGAGCUCGCCGUGGUCUCCCUGAAGGGCGUGCACAUCCUGCAGCACAGCCUGGUCCAGGCGUCGGAGCUGGUCCUGACCCGGCUUCGGCAUCAAGUACAGAAGAGGAGACAUCAGUCGCAGAGGCCUGGGGACAGGGCUGGUUUGGGGCCCACUGAGACCUUGGCCUCCUGAGCUCCCACCCACUGCCCGCCCCGGGCCCAGGGGCAGUUCACUGGAGUAAUCGCCUCUAGCCAUUCAUGGUGGGGAAGCCUCCUGAAGGAGGGGAUGGUCUCCCCAGGCCCCCCAGGAUGGUGGAGCUGGGAGUUCCUGCUCAGGCUCUGGCCCAUUGUGCCCUGCAACUCUGGCUGACGCACCCCUGUCUCGUACCUCAGUGUCCCCGUUUGAAAAUGGGAUGAUCUCACCCGACCCCCCCCUUUCGCCCCCAGUGAGAAUUGGUCAGCCAAUGAUUAUUUAUAUGUCCAGAGG